AUGCUUUCAGAAAUUGAUUAUAAUUUACCUAAAUCUUCUGAUAAGUUUUAUAUAUCAUACGAUGUUCUCCAAAAACUAAGAUAUUGUGAAGCAAUAAUUAAAGAAACUUAUCGUAUGAUGCCAAUUAUUCCUUUUACAUUCCGCACUACUACUGAAGAAAUUGAAAUUGCAGGAUACAAAUGGCCUUCUGGGACAUCUUUUAUUUUGAAUUUUUUGGCUGUACACGAAGUUUUCAAUCCGGAUAGGUUUUAUUGUGGUGAUCAAGGUGAUAAAAGGCUUGGCGACAAAUCAGCAUUUACGAUGUUUGGUGGAGGCAAGCGAAUAUGUCCUGGAAGAAAGUUUUCAGUGGUUGAGUUACUUGUAUUAAUGGCGUUAGUAUAUAAGAACUAUAAUGUUGAGUUG